AUAAUAAGAUGGCCAAACAACAGGAUAGAAUACCUCGUCACGAAUAUCGGCAUUGUCGACUGUGUCAUAAACGUGGAAAUGAUUCGGAAUUGAUUCAACCAUGCGACUGUAUGACUGGAUCAAAUUACGUCCAUGCACAAUGUCUUGUUGAACAUAUGUUGUCCACUGAUCGAAUUCAUUGUGAACAGUGUAAAUCUCAAUAUCGUGGAAUCAAGUACCGUUACACUCGAAAAUCGUUGAUCGAAUGGCUAUGGAAAGAACCGACAGCUCGUAACAGUCUAUUAUCUUGUAUCAGUCUUUUGUGUUCAAGCCAGGUGUGUCUCUAUUCGCUAUGGCAGACAUUGUUCACCGAUGAACUUGACGAAUUCCUCGACGACAUAACUGACAUCGAUCUUAGCCUAUGUAUUGAUGCUAUUAAACACAAUAUGAGUAUUGUGAUGCUAAUCCAGGUCAAAAUCGUAUUGCCGAUCGUGUCCAUUGUGUGCUCUAUCAAACAACCGAUGACAGUAUGGAACGAAUAUCGCAAAUAUAGCCAAAACCAUUACAACAUCUACAUCGAGGAUGAAGCAAUAACCGCAAUCACAUGAGAGUCAAUACUUGACAAUAAACAAUUAAUCAUACUCA